AUGAGAGCUUAAAAUGGCUCCGUUUUUUGGAGGACUGACUGGUAAGCCACAUUUCAGAUUUCACUCAAGUCACGUUUGUUUUGCUCUCUCCUCUUCUUUUUUCCCCUCAGCUCCUUGUUCAUCUAAAAUGUCCCAAAUUCCAAAUUAAAAACCAUAAAUUUUCCCCCAAAUUAAAAUCUUCCACUGAUGUAAAAUUUCCUCAAUUUUCUCUGAAAUUUCGACUCAUCAUUCCCCGAAUUCAGCGAAAUCAAUCUUCAUCGGCUUGUUCGGCGAGGUUUGCUAUGGAAAUAUUGUGCAGUAGUUUCCAACUGCUGCUACUUUGCAUAAUCUCAGCAAACAUAUGAUACUGUGCAGUAGAAUGAAUUUUGCUUAGUGAGUAGUGACCAUAAUUCGGGUUUGCAGGCGUCGAUUGGGGAGAAAAUUAAUGGGUUUGUGUUAAAAACUGGAAAGUUUAGUGAUUUAUGUAUUGGAUGUUCACUGAUUGAUUUGUAUGUGAAGGGAAUGAAUGAAGACAAGUCUCAGGUUUGAUUAGCAUUCAGAAAAAUGGCGCAUACUCUCCUGACACCAGUGGCACCAUCACUCUCUCUCAUAUGCAACACUAUGUCCUCUCUUUCUCUCUCCUCCUCCUCACUCUCUUUUCCUUCUUCCAAGGUUGGUGGACUAUGCAUAAAAUGUGUGCGUGUUGGUAAUGUCGAAAUUCCAAACAACAAGAGGGUUGAAUACUCUCUUCAGUACAUUCAUGGCAUUGGACGUUCUACAGCUCGUCAGAUUCUGUAUGAUUUGAGUUUUGAGAACAAACUUACUAGAGAUUUAUCUGAGAAUGAGCUUAUCCAGAUUAGAGACAAAGUUUCCACCUACAUGAUCGAGGGUGACUUGAGACGAUUCAAUCUUUUAGCGAUCAGGAGAUUGAAGGAGAUUCAAUGCUACAGAGGGGUGAGGCAUAUUCAGAGUUUGCCUUGCCGUGGACAACGAACCAAGAACAACUGUAGGACCUUAAAGGCCAAAAAGAGUAAGAAAGUGCAGAUUCCUGGCAAGAAGAAAGCCCCUGGUCCCAAAUAGUUGAAUUAGGUUUGCUCCCUUUUCGUCCUGUAAUUGAGUACAAUAUGCACAUUCAGUUAUUCUGUUUGUAGUUGUAAUAAUGAAUUGCUUGUAAUUUUGUAAUCCUCAUAUCUCUGGCAAUUAUGGCUUCAAAGUUAUAGCACUUCAUGUUUCCUCUGUUUUUCUAA